CAGGAAGGAACAGUCGUACUGGUACAAAAAUGCCCCACUUGGUGUCAACAAGCUAUAUGGAAUUAUGAAGGCUAUGACAGGAGGUGCUGACAUAGCUGAUGACAAAAGAUUGACACCAUACAGUAUGAGGAAACACCUGGUCCAGAAGUUGACAGACAGUGGCGUUUCUCCCAAUGACAUCAUUCAGAUAUCUGGCCACAAAAACGUGAAUUCGAUAAAUAAUUACUCAAGUAUGAAUACUGAAAAGCAGAAGGGAAUAUCUCGCAUUCUGUCAAACAGUAACACCGCCAGCAGCACAGUCACAACAGCUGAUCGAAAUCCGGACUCGGCACCAAUGCAGGGUGAAUUUGCGAUGCAAUCUGUGUCCAGCCGCCUUCAGAAUCAACUUUUUCUGACAAGCUUAUUGUCUGAAAAUACCAUCAACGGAAAUGUUAACAUAUGUCUAUCGCCUGACAUGUUCAAUGUAUCAAUGUCCUCCGAAAAAAACACUGCAAAUGCGACAACAUCGAACACACGUGAAGACGAGUUACCACCAUUGAAAAGACCAUGCUUGCAAUAG